AAGAUAUGAUACAACAGGAAGGAGAAGAAGAAAGUGAAUCAUUUACAGAACAAUUAGGCAGAUUAAAUUUAAGUAACAAUCAAGAAAUAGAAGACAUUGAGGAAAAUAUAGAGCCAUUAUUUUUGCCAAGAAAAAAAUGUCGCACUCAUGCAAGUAUACAAUUAAACUUACCAAAUGAAGACUCAACAGAUGAAGACUUGACAGAUAAAAGUGAAGAAUCAGUUGAAGAAGUCACAGAAUUAGAUGAAGGAUCAGCAGAAGCAUCAAUGAAAGAAUUAGCUGAUGAAUGG